GAACCGACGGUGGUUGCUGUUUGCCAGGGACUGCACGCGAGGCGCUGCUCUCCAUCCCCCACGUGGCGGCUGAAACAUCCUCCCUGCCCUUGGGGUGCACCUGCUGCUGAGCCCCAGCCGCGGGAGAGGAACACGCGGCUCUAUUCAUCUGCGGUUUUCGGUGACUUUGAGCGGUUUCCUCCUCCUGAAAUCACCCGGAGGCCUGUUGAAGACCUGAUCCUUCAGAUGAAAGCACUCAACAUUGAAAAGGUCAUCAACUUCCCCUUUCCAACCCCUCCCUCCGUGGAGGCCCUCAUUGCCGCCGAGGAGCUGUUGGUCGCGCUGGGUGCCCUGGAGGCACCCCAGAAAACAGAGAGCGUGAAGCAGCUGCAGAGGUCCCGGCUGAGCUGCCCCAUCACCGCACUGGGCAGGACCAUGGCCACGUUCCCCGUGGCGCCGCGCUACGCCAAGAUGCUGGCACUGAGCCAGCAGCACGGCUGCCUGCCUUACGCCGUCACCAUUGUGGCCGCCGUGACGGUCCGCGAGCUGUUCGAGGAGCUGGACAGACCUGCGGCCAGCGACGAGGAGCUCGCCAAGCUGAAGGACAAGCGGGCCCGGGUGGCCCAGAUGAAGAGGAUCUGGGCGGGGCAAGGCGCCUCUCUGAAACUCGGAGACAUCAUGGUGCUGCUGGGUGCUGUGGGAGCCUGCGAGUACUCUGGCUGCUCACCCCAGUUCUGCGAGGCCAACGGGCUUCGGUACAAGGCCCUGUUAGAGACCCGGCGCCUGCGGGGCCAGCUGACCGCUGCAGUCAAUACCGUGUGCCCCGAGGCCGGGCUCUUCAUGGACCCCAAGAUGCAGCCUCCAUCUGAGAGCCAGGUGACCUACCUGCGGCAGAUCGUGGUGGCCGGCCUGGGCGACCACCUGGCCCGUAGGGUACAGAGCGAGGACCUGCUGGACGACAAGUGGAAGAAUGCCUACAAGACCCCUCUCCUUGAUGACCCCGUCUUCAUCCACCCCAGUUCCGUCCUUUUCAAAGAGCUCCCUGAGUUUGUGGUCUACCAGGAAAUUGUAGAGACCACCAAGAUGUACAUGAAAGGCGUUUCAGCCGUGGAGGUCCAGUGGAUCCCGGUCCUGCUGCCUUCUUACUGCCAGUUCGACAAGCCCUUGGAGGAGCCGCCCCCCGCCUACUGCCCGGAGAAGGGGCGGGUAAUCUGUCACCGGGCCAGCAUGUUCUAUCGUGUCGGCUGGCCACUCCCUGCAGUGCAGGUGGAUUUUCCGGAGGGCAUUGACUGUUACAAGCACUUCGCCUGGGUUCUGCUGGAAGGGCAGGUCUUCCACAAGCUGGCCUCCUACCGGGGCUGUUUGCUGUCCAGCCCUAGCACAAUGCUGAAGACAUGGGCCAGGCUGCAGCCCAGGACGGAGAGUCUCCUGAGAGCCCUUGUUGCUGAGCGAGCCAACUGCCGAGAGGCCUUGCUAGCUGCUUGGAAGAAAAACCCCAAAUACCUGCUGGCUGAGUACCGCCAGUGGCUUCCGCAGGCCACGCACGCCGACGUCGAGAAAGCCUGGCCCCCCACCUCUGACCGCUGACCUGAGGCCUAGCUGCAAGGCGGGGGCUGGUCUGGGGAGCCACGGGGGCUGGCAGUGGCCGCUCUCUAGCCUGGUCAUCCUGGUCUGUGCACCGCUCCCAGGAGGUGGGUCAGGCCUCUGGAAGCCUCGCUCAUCUUGGAUACGAGACAUCUGGACACAGCUUGCUGCUGCCCUGGGCAGUCGGACCCUGGGGGGCUUUUUUAUAACUAUUUAUUAUGUGGCGGAGAAUGGUUUCACCUCACAUGCCGCUCUGGGGACGACAUUAGUCCCUCGCGGAGCAGCAGGGCUGGAGAACGAAGCGGCGGCGAGCAGGACGGUGCCUCCGGGCCCUUCCUCUGCAUCCCCUCCCCAGCGGGGGCGGUGCUCCCUUGCCACGCAUGUCGCUGUAAUAAAUCUCAGCUGUCAGAACAA